AGAUCCACACAGGACGGCAGAGGGAUACUAUGGAUCCUUUCAACCAAUUCAAGCGCGAAGUCACGGGCUUCCCCAGCCUGGGAGUCGACGAGGACCGGGAAGAGCUGCGUGAAACCAAGCAAGUGGGGAUGUCGCUUACCAGAGACCAAGCGGCUGAGGAAGCAGGGUCAGAGUUCGCACCUCAGCAGUGGGCGGCAGGCAUACAAAUCAAGAAGGAAGGAGAUAGCCAUGGGGACGACAACCAUGGUGACGGUGACGGCGAGGAGGGGGCCGGCGAUGUGGGCGCUGGAUAUCCGUGCCCCGCGGGUCGCGAAACCCGCGAUGAGAAGCCGGAGGAGCCGAAGCCGGAGGAGCCAAGGCCGGAGGGGCAGUUGCCCCCCGCAGUGGCUCCGGGUCCCGCUCGGGGAGGGAGGUGGCCGGUGGGUCGCCUCAUCAAGUUCACCCCCCAGCAGAUGCGCCAGCUGGAGAGCUUGUUCCAGAGCACCCACUGUCCCAGCCCCACCACGCAGUAAGUUGGCCGCUGCGCUGGGCGCGGGUG